AUGCUUCGGGUGCGCCAGGGCUACCCCACGCUCUUCUUUAUCGAAGCGGGGCAGAAGGAGCCCAGCUUUCAACAGAUCGGCAGCAACGCACUACACGCCAUGCGGCGGUUCAUGGAGGGCAAAGGACUUCUGAGACGUCAAGUGAAAGCCGAGCUGUGA